CCCCUACCCCCGAUCAGCUGAUUUUUGUUUUGAUUCUCGAGGAAAGUGCAUGCAUUUGUCCCUUCAAAAAGCUCUUCAUAAUCAAUCAGAAUUCGGAAGAAACGAGAGCAAAAGGAAGGGAGCCGACGUCCAAGAUGAAGCGGAUUAUUCUGGGCAGACUGUCAUACGCGGCGGAGGUUGGCAGAGGAAGAAUUAAUGCUGUUUGUGGUCAUAAUUCUUCUGUGGAAACUCUUCGUCCUACAUCCUCUCGCCUUGAGUAUGCACGGAAUAUCUUUAGCUCUAUGUCCAAAGAGCAGUUGCAAACUCCACACGCUCCAUUGCAAAUUCGGUGCUACGCCUCCAACUUGCAACAGGAGAAUUGCAGCGACGGGAGGCUUCCAGACUUGCAACAGGAGAAUUGCAACUCCGGGAGGCUUCCAGAGUACUUGCACUUCCACCAGGAGACCAGUGUGGAAACCCGAGAAGCUGUCUCGUCUUCCUUUGUAGUGCUGAGAGACUUUGUUACGGAAGAAGAGGAGGAGACGCUCUUAAAGGAAGUUGAACCACACUUAAGGAGACUGCAUUAUGAACACGACCACUGGGAUGAUGCAAUACAUGGCUUUCGAGAAACAGAGAGGUCCAAGUGGGGGAAAGCCUCGUCAAAGAUCCUGGCCAGGUUGCAAGAAUUUGCUUUUCCAAACCAAGAUGAAAAGUUAGCUCUGGUGCACAUCCUGGACCUAGCCAAGACUGGAGUGAUUAAGCCUCAUGUCGACAGCAUCAGGUUUUGUGGCAACACUAUCUGUGGCCUGUGUCUGCUCAGCGAUGCAGUUAUGAGAUUGGUGAAUGUGGAAGACAAGACACAAAUAGCAGACAUCAUGCUCUGGCGGCGGUCGCUUUACCUUAUGAAGGACGCAUCUCGAUACAACUACACUCACGAGGUCCUGGGAGAGAAGGAAUCCUAUUUCGGUUCCCUGCCAGUGCCAAGGGAAAGGAGGAUCUCUAUCAUGUGCCGCAAUUACCCUAGACAGGAGGACGUGUCUUAGUGUGGGAGAAGGUAAUGAGAAGAGAAUAGUGAUCCAGUCAUGUAUAGCAGAGAUGUAAGCAUUUGUUAAAAAUAAAUGAAUAUUCACU